AAUAGAAAAAAAAAAAAAAAAAAGGAAAAGGAAGCCCAUGUGCUGCUCGACGACCCAUCUGGGCCUCUCCUCUCCCACCCCUGUCCCCUACGGCCACCUUCAAAGACCGUAAACAUGUAAAUUGCGGAGGAACACAGAGCCGGGAAAAGAAGAUAGCCUUGUCAUAUUCAUGGCACCCACACAGAGCAGUUCCAGAGAUUCCAGAUGGUCUCUCCACGGCAUGACCGCUCUCGUCACCGGCGGUACUCGCGGAAUCGGGUGUGCGAUUGUUGAGGAACUGGCUGGAAUGGGGGCCGUCGUGCACACGUGCUCCCGGAAUGAAGAGGAGCUCAACCAACGCCUGCGAGAGUGGGAGGCCAAGGGUUUCACCGUCACGGGUUCCGUCUGCGAUGUGUCGUCUCCAACUCAUCGAGAGCAGCUCAUGGCGAAGGUCUCUUCUGUUUUCAAUGGCGAGUUUAACAUCCUAAUAAACAAUGCUGGUACAAGCUUCAAAAAACCAACUAUUGAGUGCACUGCUGAAGACUACUCAAAGAUCAUGACCACCAACUUAGAUUCUGCUUUUCAUCUCUGCCAACUUGCACAUCCACUUCUGAAAACAUCUGGAAAGGGAAGCAUUGUGUUCAUUUCAUCUGUUGCGGGUGUGGUGAGUGUUGGUACAGAAUCCAUUUACGCAGCAAGCAAAGGUGCAAUGAAUCAACUAACAAAAAAUUUAGCUUGUGAAUGGGCAAAAGACAACAUCAGGAGUAAUUGUGUUGCACCCUGGUAUAUCAGAACCCCACUCGUGGAACAUGCGCUUGGUAACAAAGAGAUGUUGGAAGGCAUAAUAUCCCGAACUCCCCUCAGGCGACCUGGAGAACCGGAGGAAGUGUCAUCCCUGGUGGCAUUCCUUUGCCUCCCUGCUGCUUCUUAUAUUACUGGGCAAGUUAUUUGUGUUGAUGGGGGAUUGACCGUCAAUGGUUUCUACCCCAGUAUGUGUUAAGGCUUUGAAACUGUUUGCCUAUGGCGUGUAUCUCAGUCCAUGAACCCAUGAAUCGAGCGGAUCCCUCUAUAGUGUAUGCUAUAGCAUGUAUUGACAAAUUAUCAAUAUAUUUUUUUUGUUUUAUA